AGCUACAUCAUGUCCAAAUUGCCAGAUUGCAAAUGGGCCCAGAGAAACGAUAAGAUUUUGUUCACUAUCAACAUUCCAAACCUUGAUCCAAAUAAGACAACCAUCAAUGUUACCGAGACUUCGUUCACAUUCAAGAGUGAAGAUCAUGAGUUGAGUUUGGAUUUCUUCGGUACAGUUGAUCCAAAGCAGAGCUCAUGGAAGGUUGGAGCUCGUGACGUUGCUUUCGUCUUCAUGAGGAAGGAAGUUGGGGAUUAUUGGGACACCUUGCACAAGGGGAAAAAGAUCCAUACGCUCAAAGUCGACUGGGACAAGUGGAAAGACGAAGAUGAGGCUCGCGAUGGCGAUCUGGAUAUGAGCGGAUUUGAUAAGUUUGACUUCGGAGGAGCAGGAGCAGGAGGGUUUGACUCUGACGACGAGGAUGAGGAUGAUGGACGUAAGUGA